UCUUCAGUGGAUCCCAGAGAGAGCUGGGACACAGGCAAAGCGUGGACCCAGGGGAAGCGUGGACCAGUGGAGCAGAAUGCCUCGCUGGGGACUCCUGCUGGUGCUCUGGGGCUCCUGCACCUUCGGUCUCCCCGCAGACACUGGCGCCUUCAGACGGAUCUUCCUCAAGAAAAUGCCCUCCGUCUGGGAAAGCCUGAAGGAGCGAGGCGUGGACGUGGCCAGGCUGGGUGCUGAGUGGAGCCAGCUCACCAAGACACUCUCCUUUGGCAACCGCACCUCCCCCGUGGUGCUAACCAACUACCUGGAUACCCAGUACUAUGGCGAGAUCGGCAUUGGCACCCCACCACAGACCUUCAAAGUCAUCUUUGACACGGGCUCAGCCAACCUCUGGGUGCCCUCCACCAAGUGCAGCCCUCUCUACACGGCCUGUGAGAUUCACAGCCUCUACGACUCCUCGGAAUCCUCCAGCUAUGUGGAGAAUGGGACGGAAUUCACCAUCCACUAUGGAUCUGGGAAGGUCAAAGGCUUCCUGAGCCAGGACCUGGUGACUGUGGGUGGAAUCACAGUCACACAGACGUUUGGAGAGGUCACGGAGCUGCCCCUGAUACCUUUCAUGCUGGCCAAGUUUGAUGGUGUUCUGGGCAUGGGCUUCCCUGCACAGGCCAUUGAGGGGGUCACCCCUGUCUUUGACCACAUCCUCUCCCAAAGGGUGCUGAAGGAGGACGUCUUCUCUGUCUACUACAGCAGAAAUUCCAAGAAUUCCCACUUGCUGGGGGGAGAGAUCGUGCUGGGAGGCAGCGACCCGCAGUAUUACCAAGAGAAUUUCCACUACGUGAGCGUCAGCAAGACUGGCUCCUGGCAGAUCAGAAUGAAAGGGGUGUCUGUGAGGUCGACCACUUUGCUCUGUGAGGAGGGCUGCAUGGUAGUGGUGGAUACCGGUGCAUCUUACAUUUCGGGUCCCACCAGCUCCUUAAGGCUGCUCAUGGAGACCCUGGGGGCCAAGGAGCUGAGCACAGAUGAAUACGUCGUGAACUGUAACCAAGUGCCCACACUCCCUGACAUCUCCUUCCACCUCGGAGGCAGAGCCUACACGCUCACCAGUGCGGACUAUGUAUUACAGGACCCCUACAAUAGUGAUGAUCUGUGUACACUGGCCCUCCAUGGUCUGGAUGUCCCACCGCCCACGGGGCCAGUCUGGGUCCUGGGUGCCAGCUUCAUCCGCAAGUUCUACACGGAGUUUGAUCGGCGUAACAAUCGCAUUGGCUUUGCCCUGGCCCGCUGAGGCCCUCUGCUGCCCUGCCGGUCCUGCCCUCAGCUCUAGCCCAGAGCUAGAGCACUCUCUGGGACUCUCCAACCGCUGCCUGUGCUUGUGCCCUCACUCAGGGGCAUGGAGCACCUCCUGGAUGUGCGCCCUGCCCCCAGCACCAGCUCUUCCCUACUUUGAGGACAAACAGAAUAAAGACUUCAUGUU